UCUAUGCUGUCAAAAGUCAAAACGACGUCGCAGACUCUCUCUCCGCCCGUGUUCGUUGAAACUUCCAACACCGCAAGCCUCAACCAACUCACUCCUCCCAGCUCAUAGUGAUAGGACAUCGUUAUCUAUCUAAAAAUUUUGGAUUUUUUUUUUUUAUUUCCUAUAUCUAAUGCAUAAUCUAAGCCCUCUACACCCCCGGAUUCUGACCAAUCCGGCGCCGCCACGAUGUCAGCCUCAACAACAACCCCAUGUUGCCACUCUCUCUCUCCUCCCAAUUCUAGGGUUAGGGUUUUGAAGAAGAACCCUAACCCUAGACUCAUCCAAUUCUCUUUCAAUCCAACCCUUCCUCGUCUCAAUGCAAAACCUUGUACCUUUCCAACAAAUAAAUGGAGAUUUUUGUGUCUUAGGGAUGAAGAAUCUUCAUCUGCAAUACCUGAGUCCGAGUUUGUAGAAGAUAAAUUAUCAGAAGAAUUGCUGAAGCCUGGAUUCAAUCAAAUAAAUGAUGUGCCGAAAGAUUGGAUUUCAAGACUUAGAAAGGUUACAGAUGCACUUUUUGGUGCAAAGCCUUGGACGGUGCCAUGGACAGCAAAGACCAUAGUACAGGUUAUGCUUCUCUGGAUUGCCUCAUUCUGGUUGGUAGGAUCUUGGGUAGUUCCAUUUUUAGCCCACACAGCCGGAUUUAGGAAGGAAUCCUUGACAUACAGAGGGCAAGCCUUGUACAGCCUCUUGACUGAUGUUGCUGAAGGUCUUGCUGGGAUAGCACUCCUGCAUCGCUGCCUCACAAGGUUUCAUCCCCUUCCAUCUGACUGGUUCAAGUUUAGCCUUGAAGGGAAGUGGCAAUUCGAUGUUGGUUUGGGCUGUCUCAUGUUUCCCCUUGUCAACCGACUCUCACAGGUCAACCUUAAUUUGUGGCCUAUUCUUCCCUCUACUCCUGUCACUGUCUCUAGUGUUGAGCAAUCAAUAGUGGCACGAGACCCAGUGGCAAUGGCCCUCUAUGCAGUAGUAGUUUCAGUUUGUGCCCCUAUUUGGGAGGAGAUUGUUUUCCGUGGAUUCCUUCUUCCUUCCUUGACCAAGUACAUGCCCGUUUGGUGCUCAAUUUUAGUGAGUUCAGUAGCUUUUGCCUUGGCACAUUUCAAUAUCCAAAGGAUGCUACCACUUAUAUUUCUUGGGGUGGUAAUGGGUGCUGUCUUUGCCCGGUCAAGGAACCUUUUACCAUCGAUGUUGUUGCAUAGCUUGUGGAAUGCUUUUGUCUUUUUAGAUCUCAUGAAAUGAUUUUGUUCUGUACUCCAUUCUUCUCAAAUCAAGUUUCAAUUAGCAUCGCUUGUCCCACUU